ACUCGCGCGAGAGAGGGACCGCGAACUAUUCUUGGAGAAGUCAGUCAGAGUGUAACAUUCGCCUUCGCGUCGACGACGCGGUCAGUACACGACUUGGUGCUGUUGCAGCCGGUGUAUUAAGCGCGCCCCAGUUUGCAGAGCGCCUGGAGCCAGAUAGUCCCGACGUGCACGCCUGCAUACAUCCGAGCUCGAGAUCCCAGAUACCAUCACCCACAUCAUCAGCUGGAGGGUCCAAAAUCCAGCCUGGACUGCUAUAUAGAGAGGAAGAGCCGAACGAAGAGCAGGACGAAAACAUACACAUAUCUCUACUCAUCAGGAGCAAGCGAGAUAGCUGCAGCGUACAAGUGUAUAACAAAGGCAAGAAAGAGAGAGAGUCAGCGUAACGAAGGCGCACACACGCACACCACACAUAUAUAUAUAUAUUCAUACGUGCGCCUGAGGUGGUGGAUAACAACUAGCCGGCAAAAUGAAUGAGCAUGACAGUAGAGCAGUCAACCGCGAGCAGCAGGCGGAACAGGAGACAGAAAUGGUUGAGCGCGAACUUGCCGAGGACGCCGAGUGGAAGCGUAUCCAGCAGAACACCUUCACCCGCUGGGCCAACGAGCACCUCAAGUGCGCGAGCAGCCACAUCUCGGAUCUCGAGACCGACCUCUGCGAUGGCCUCAAGCUCGUCAGCCUCAUCGAGGUACUCGCCCAGAAGAGGCUGCCCAAGCACAACAAGAAACCGACCUUUCGCUCCCAGAAGCUCGAAAACGUCGAAAUCGCCCUCAAGUUCCUCGAGAACCAAGGCAUUCGCAUCGUCAACAUCGACUCGUCGCACAUAGUCGAUUGCAAGCUCAAGCUGAUCCUCGGGCUGAUAUGGACGCUUAUCCUGCACUACUCGAUCUCUAUGCCAAUGUGGGAGGGUGACGAGGUCAGCCCAGACAAGGGCGCCACCCCGAAGCAGCGCCUCAUGCAGUGGAUCCAGUCGAAGAUACCGGACCUGCCCAUCUCCAACUUCACCUCGGACUGGAACGACGGUCGGGCGGUUGGGGCCCUCGUCGACGCGGUCGCCCCCGGGCUCUGUCCCGACUGGCAGGACUGGAACCCCAAGGAUGCCGCCCAAAACGCCUCCGAAGCCAUGGGCUUGGCCGACGACUGGCUCAACAUACCCCAGUUGAUCAAACCAGAGGAGAUGGUUAACCCGAACAUCGACGAAAUGUCCAUGAUGACGUAUCUGUCGCAGUAUCCCAACGCAAAGUUGAAGCCCGGCGCGCCUCUCCGCCCGAAAACUAAUCCAAACAGUGUGCCGCCACCGCGGGUAAGGGCCUACGGUCCUGGAAUCGAACCGACGGGCCCGGUCACCGACGCCCCGGCCAACUUUAUCGUCGAGACAUUUUCCGCUGGUAAGGGAAAUGUGGAAGUUACCGUCGAGGAUCCGAAGGGUGCUAAAUUACCGGUCAACAUUAGGUUCAACAACGAUCGCAACCUCACGUACUCGGUGUCGUACACGCCGAAGACCGACGGCCCGCACAAGGUGCGCGUGCUGUUCGGGGGUCGCGAGAUCCCGAAGAGCCCGUACUCGGUGAUGGUCGAGGGCCGCGCGGGAGACCCGACCAAGGUAACAGCCAGCGGCCCGGGUCUCCUGCCCGACGGCGUCGUCGUCAACCGACCCACCUACUUCGAGGUCUUUACCAAGGACGCCGGCAAGGGCGUGCCCGAAGUCAUCAUUCUCGACCCUCAGGGUAACAGAGCAACGGUGCCGGUUAAGCUGCGCCAGACCGCGCCGGACGUCUACCGCUGCGAGUACACCUCGCCGAUUAUUGGAUUGCACUCGGUUAACAUCUUCUUUGCUGGCAAGCUCAUUCCCAACAACCCCAUUGGGGUGCGCGUGGCGCCGAUCUCUGACGCGAGAAAGUGCCGAGCGUACGGGCGAGGCCUGCUGGCCAACGGCGUGCGCGUCAGGGACGACGCGGACUUUAAGAUUUUUACGAAAGGCGCGGGCGAGGGAGUGCCCGAAGUUAAGGUCAUUGGACCGGGUGGUGUCAACUUGCCGGCCAAUCUUAAAAAAAUCGACGACACGACGUACGAGUGCCACUAUUACCCGGUUAAGGACGGCCGUCACAUUGUCAUGAUAACUUACGGGGGCAAAGAGAUACCAAACUCGCCCUUCGAAGUCAACGUGGGUGUGUACAAGGAGUCCGACAUCCGAGUCUUUGGGCCUGGCCUGCACGGCGGCGUAGUCGGACACCCGGCGCGGUUUACCGUGGACACGAACGGCGAAACCGGAGCCCUUGGUUUUUCGAUCGAAGGGCCCUCCAAGGCGAAAAUCGAGUGCAACGACAAUGGCGAUGGUACUGCCGAUGUCGAGUACCUGCCAACGGAGCCCGGCCCCUACGCCGUGCAUAUACUCUGCGACAACGAGGAUAUUCCAAAGUCGCCGUACAUCGCCACCAUCGUGCCGAAGAGCGACUUUCAUCCAGACAAAGUCGAGGUUCACGGUCCCGGAAUUCAGCCAUCGGGAUUGGUCAUGGAUAAGCCGACCAACUUUACUGUUGACGUGAAGAAAGCAGGACAAGCUCCCUUGGAGGUGGCUAUUCAGGAUGCCCUCGGUAGAGACGUACCAAUUAAGCUUGAAGACAAGCGUGACGGAACGAUACAAGCACAUUACAAACCGACCUCUGGGUCUCAGCACGUCGUACAGGUCAACUACGGCGGUGUUGCCACGAAAAAGUCACCAUACAGAGUCAAAGUCGAGGCUCCAUUGAACCCUGCACUGGUGCAGGCCUUUGGUCCCGGACUUGACAAGCCUGUGAGGACAAAUACUCCCACUCACUUUAACGUCAACUGUCGCGAGGCUGGUCCUGGUGAAUUGAAGGUUGACAUGAAAACUCCAGAUAAUCGUGACUUACCAAUCGAGGUUAGUGACAACGAUGAUGGUACCUACACGGUCGAUUACGUUGCACCAGAGCCGGGCACCUACACCGUCAACCUGAACUAUGGAGGCUUGAAAGUACCCAAGAGCCCCAUGAAAGUCAAAGUUUUGCCACACGUCGACGUUUCGAAAGUCAAAAUCGAUGGCCUGUCACCGACCGCGCCGCUCAACAGCAUCCAGCAGUUCCGCUUGCUGACCCAGGCGGCGGGGAGUCCCGUCGACGCGCAGGUCUCGAUAAGCGCGCCCUCGGGCUCGCGGCCGCGCGCAACCGUCCAGCCGAUCGAGACCGGCUACCUCGUGAGCUUCACGCCCUCGGAGCCGGGCGAACACCUCAUCGGCGUGAGCUUUGCCGGGGAGCCGAUCCCUGGCUACCCGCACCGGAUGAUCUGCGUCGAGAGUUACGAGCCCGGCCGGGUGCGGGCCGACGGUCCAGGUCUGAGCCACGGCCUCGUGGGCCGGCCGGCCGAGUUCCUCAUAGACACGCGCGGCGCCGGCCAAGGCGGCCUCGGAGUCACGGUCGAGGGCCCGUGCGAGGCGGUCAUCAAUUGCCGCGACAACGGCGACGGGACCUGCGGCGUUGCCUACCUGCCCACAGAGCCCGGCGACUACACUGUCAACAUCACCUUCAACGACCAGCACAUACCCGGCUCGCCCUUCGAGGCCAUCGUCGUCUACGAGCCGGCUCCCCCCGAGCUCGGCAGGAUUCGCAUCUCGGGCCCCGGCGUUCAGCCUCAUGGCUUGAAUCUGUACCAGCCGACCGAGUUCACGAUCGACACGCGUGCCGUGGGCAAGCCAAAGACCGAGCGGGAGCACAUCCAGUGCAAGAUCAGCAACCCGAGCGGCAACACCACCGACAAGGUGAUAACGCCCCUGGCCGAUGGCACUUACCGCGUGAGCUACACGCCCGUCGAGGAGGGCCCCCACACCAUCGACGUUCACUACGACGGCAUAGCCGUGCCCAACUCGCCCUUCAACGUCGACGUCAAGCGCGUCAGCGACGCCAGCAAGUGUCGCGCUUUUGGUCCUGGACUCCAGAGAGGCGUCGUCAACAGGCCCAACAAGUUCACCGUUGAAACCAGAGAUGCUGGCUCGGGUGGACUCGGACUGGCUAUCGAAGGUCCUAGCGAGGCUGUUGUCGCUUGCAAGGACAAUUGCGACGGUACCUGCAGCGUCGAGUAUCUGCCCACCGAGCCCGGUGACUACGACAUCAGCAUCAAGUUUGCCGACCAGCACAUUCCCGGCUCGCCCUUCACGGUCAUUGCCGACAAGCAGCAGGAGGAUGUUAGCAACGCGUUCGCCUAUGGACCGGGUGUGGAGCCCCGUGGGGUUCACGAGGGUGUGCUGGCCACCUUCACCGUCGACUCCAGCAAGGCGCCGAAUGCGCCGAUCGACGUCAAAGUUAAGACGGACCGCGGCACCAUCGGCAAGCCCGAGAUCAAGAGUAUCGGCAACAACCUUUGGGGCGUCUCGUAUAUGCCCUCUCAAGCCGGCAGCACCGUCCAGGUGGACGUCAACUACGGCGGCAAGCCCAUACAGAAGAGCCCCUUCAGAAUCAAGGUCGAGGCGGGUGGUGCCGACGCCGACAAGGUCGUGCUCUCGGGCCCUGGUGUACAGCCGGUCACUACCGCCUCCUUCCCGGCCGAUUUUGUCGUCGACACCUCCAAGGCUGGACACGGUGACCUAGACGUGCAAGUUCUGGGUCCGGACCAAACGCCCCGCAAGGUCGACAUCCGCAAGAUCGCGGACGGCAAGCACAAGGUGACGUACCUGCCAGACGACUGCGGCCGGUACAAGGUGAGCGUCAAGUACGACGGCAAGGAGGUGCCCAACAGCCCGGUUAACGUGCAGAGCGUAUCGACCGGUAAGGCCGACGCAGUAAAGAUCAAAGAGGGCGUCCAGCGCACUCUCGCCCAGGGCGAGGAGUACUGCAUUACCGUCGACACCGAAGACGCCGGCCGCGGCGCGGUCACCUGCCGCAUCCGCUCUACCUCCGGAAGCGAGGACGUCGACGUCGACGUCGAGGAGAACACCGACGGCACCGUCGACAUCUACUACAAGGUGGCCGACGAGGGCGACUACACCUUGAACCUCAAGUUUGGUGGACAACCCGUCCCGAACGGCCUCUACACGUUUACCGCUUCGGAGGAGUACAGAGAGACAACGACGACUCAUAAAACUCGGCGGGGCAGAACUACCAAGGAGAAGCGCAUAAUCGAGCAGACGAGCACCAGCUCGACUUACACGACAAAGACUCGGAGCACCAGCAGUAGCACCACCACCAAGCAACAGGAGUCUAAAACCAACAAGUACAACCUCAUCCGCCUCAACGGAAUACCCGUGCCUUCAAUCGCUGGUGGGAAAUUUUCAUCCGAAGUAAAAAUGCCCAGCGGAAACAUCGACAAGCCGAUUAUCGAGGACAACCACGAUGGCACGGUUUCCAUCAAGUACGAGCCGAGGGAGGAAGGACUUCACGAAGUCUACGUCAAGUUCAACGGCGAGCACGUCCAAGGAUCCACGUUUAAGUUCCACGUGGAUUCGCUGGCGAGCGGCUACGUGACGGCUUACGGCGCGGGCCUGAUAUACGGGGUGUGCGGCGAGCCGGCCAACUUUACGAUCUCGACGAAGGGCGCGGGCGCGGGCGGUCUGUCGCUCGCGGUCGAGGGCCCGAGCAAGGCCGAGAUCUCCUGCCACGACAACAAGGACGGCACCGUCUCGGUCUCGUACCUGCCCACCGCCCCCGGCGAGUACAAGGUUUCCGUCAAGUUUGGCGACAAGCACAUCAGGGGCAGCCCCUACCUAGCCAAGAUAACCGGGGAGGGCCGGAAGCGCAACCAGAUCUCGGUAGGCUCGUCCUCCGAGGUGCAACUGCCCGGCAAGGUGAGCCUCAGCGACGCGGACAUCCGUUCGCUGAACGCCUCGAUAACGGCGCCGAGCGGCCUCGAGGAGCCGUGCUUCCUCAAGAAGAUGCCCAGCGGCAACAUCUGCGUGUCUUUCACGCCCCGCGAGUCCGGCACCCACGAGGUCUCGGUCAAGCGCAUGGGCAAGCACAUCGUCAACUCGCCCUUCAAGAUCGACGUCAAGGACCGUGAGGUCGGCGACGCCAAGAAGGUCAAGGUCUCGGGGGCGGCCCUCCACGAGGGCAAGACCCAAUGCGACAACACCUUCUCCGUGGACACGCGCAACGCCGGCUACGGCGGCCUCUCCCUCUCGAUAGAGGGCCCGAGCAAGGCCGAGAUCCAGUGCAAGGACAACGACGACGGCACCCUCAGCAUCUCGUACAAGCCCACCGAGCCCGGCUACUACAUCAUGAACGUCAAGUUUGCCGACCACCACGUCGAGGGCUCGCCCUUCACGGUCAAGGUCAUGGGCGACGGCAGCAACCGCCAGCGCGAGAAGAUACAGCGCCGACGCGAGGCCGUACCCAUCACGGAGGUUGGGAGCCAGUGCAAACUGACCUUUAAGAUGCCGGGCAUCACGUCGUUCGACCUGACGGCGGCGGUCAUGUCGCCGGGAGGCGUCACCGAGGACGCCGAGGUCAAGGAAGUCGAGGACGGGCUGUACGCCGUCGCCUUCAUACCCAAGGAGCUUGGAGUCCACACGGUGUCGGUCCGCUACAAGGAGAUACACAUCCCAGGCUCGCCGUUCCAGUUCACGGUGGGACCCCUGAAGGACGGUGGGGCCCACAGGGUCCACGCGGGUGGGCCUGGCCUGGAGCGAGGCGAGCAGGGCGAGCCCUGCGAGUUCAACAUCUGGACGAGGGAGGCUGGCGCCGGCACGCUGGCCGUGUCGGUCGAGGGCCCGAGCAAGGCCCAGAUCGACUUCACGGAUCGCAAGGACGGCAGCUGCUACGUCAAAUACAUCGUCAGCGAGCCCGGUGAAUACAGGGUGGGCAUUAAAUUCAACGAGCAGCACAUACCGGACUCGCCGCACAAGGUCUACAUUUCGCCCGCGAUGGGAGAUGCGCACAAGCUCGAGAUCGCCCAGUUCCCCGACACCGGCGUCCAGCCCGACAAGCCAUACACAUUCCUCGUACGCAAGAACGGCGCAAAAGGCGAACUCGACGGCAAGCUAGUGUCGCCAAGCGGGGUCGAGGACGACUGUUUCAUCCAGUCGAUCGACGCCGAGGAGUACUCGGUGCGCUUCAUGCCGCGCGAGAACGGCAUCCACAACAUCCACAUCAAGUUCAACGGGGUCCACAUAAACGGGAGCCCCUUCCGCGUGAAGGUGGGCAAAGUUGACGCCGACCCGGCGGCCAUACACGCCCACGGCAACGGCCUCAAGGAAGUCAAAAGCGGCCAGAAGACGGACUUUGUCAUCAACACGUGCAACGCCGGGGUCGGUGCUCUCGGGGUAACAGUUGAUGGCCCGAGCAAGGUCGCCAUGGACUGCACCGAGGUCGAGGAGGGCUACAAGGUCAGGUACACGCCCCUCGCAUCCGGCGACUACUACAUCAGCAUCAAGUACAACGGCUACCACAUUGUCGGGUCACCCUUCAAGGUCACCGCCACGGGAACAAGCUUCGCCGAGCGAGGAGGACAGGAGACGAGCUUUAUCGCGGUCGAGACGGUGCAAAAGUUCUCCAAGACCUCCAAGCAGGCGGGCCCCGUUAUUCCCCACUUCAAGUCGGACGCCAGCAAAGUCACGAGCAAGGGCAUGGGUCUCAAGAAGGCCUACGUCAGCAAGCAGAAUCAGUUCACCGUGAAUGCCAGUGAUGCCGGAAACAAUAUUCUGUUUGUGGGACUUCACGGGCCCAAGGGACCUUGCGAGGAGGUGUAUGUGAAGCACGCGGGUCGCAACAGCUACAACGUGAGCUACGUGGUGCGCGAGCGAGGAGAAUACAUUGUCAUGGUCAAGUGGGGCGACGACCACAUUCCUGGCUCGCCCUUCAAGGUCGAAGUCUAAGUUAACCACCGACUAGUUCCCUUGCAUCCGUCAUCUAUGGAAUUUCAUUGCAUCAGCGCGUUCGUUCAUCGUCCAUCAGCCACUACCCACUUAAUAAUCAUCGAGUUUAAUCAAACGAAGGCGGAGGAAACGAACUUGAAUCUUGGGAGGAGAAAAGAAAAAAAAAUAGUAAAAACCCCGAAAAACCAUAUUAAGUAAACUUUUUAGAUUUUACUUUGUUUUGU